UGGUUUAUUAUUAUUAGUUUUGACCUCGUUCGUUCCCCGACCCCUGCUGCCCGAUGAUGCGGGGAGAAUGAAACCCCUCUAAAUAAUGGAGCUCGCUCGCUGCCCGUCGAUCAGCGAUCGCGAAGCAAGCAAACAAGCACUCUUGCGAAGGAUUCCCUCUCUCGCUCUCUCUCGAUCUCGCGCAGUGUUCGGGACUGCGCCCGCAUCACCCGCCACACGCUCCUCCUCCUCCCCGACCAGCAUCCAUCCGGCUCUUUUCUAUGCAAUCCCUUCCUUCCCCGACCUUCUUCUUCUUAUUCUGCGUGUGUGAGUGUGUGUGUGAGUGUGUGUGUGUGUGUUUUUUUUUUUUUUUUUUUUUUUUUUUGUCUUUCUUUUCCCUCCCUUCACACGCUGUCAUCACUACCCCUUUCCCUCUCUCCCUGCUCACGCACACCGUCGUCGGCAUCUUUAUCAGCUGCAAUCCCCAGGCCUCGCGCUUGUCUAGAUCCGAACAACCACCACCAUCCUUCGGCUGCGCAUACAAAGAGUGGGUUUUACUUGGCCUCGUUCGUGUGUUCUACUUCUGGUGCGGUCGUGCGCAUGAGUUGAACCGCGGCUGGGACUUCGGGCGAUCCACCCAUGACAGAUUCUGGGGGCUUUCUCUUGCGCAGAUGGCGCUAUUCUGGUUUCCGUGGGGGAGGAUUGCGACGUGAACGCUGGGUGGAAAGAGGUCCGGUAACCAUGAAGAUGAUCGCUGGUGAAAGGUGAGGGGUGAGGGGAGGUGCCUAGGAAGAGGAAAAAAUAUUGGGGGAAAAGAAAAGGGGGAACCAGCAAAUCGGGGUUGGGUUUCGGUUGGGUUGGUUUCGCGUUGGAUCAGAGGAACGUUACAGUAGUGAUGGUGGCGGGAUGAGGAUGAGGAGGAGGAGAUCAUGGGCUUGGUGACCAAGUUGGUGACGACGAUUCGCAGGAGAGGUGUCUAAGUUAUAUCAAGGUCUGAGUUGGAAUUGACGACGCAGCUGGUGCAAAAUCAUUAGAAGCGAGUAGGAGCCGCCGCUCCAGUAGAAUCGUUAGCAGCGGCAGGGAAGGAGAAUUGAAUGCCGAGUCACUGGCUGCAACGAUGGCGGCGAUGGGAGGACAGGGAGUAGGAGGCGGAGGAGGGCAGGUAGAGUCCACGGCGCUAGGUAUGGCAGGGAUGGGACAGGAGUAUGGUGGCGGCGAGGGGCAAUCUAGUGGGGGCGUGGGUGGUAUGGGUAGCAUGUCGAUGCCCGGGGGCUCAGGAGAGCACCAACAACAGCAAACUCAACAGCAGGUGCCUGCUGCACCCGCUAAAAAGCCUCCACCCAAGCGAACCUCGACGAAAGACAGACACACCAAAGUAGAUGGGCGUGGGCGUCGCAUUCGCAUGCCCGCGACAUGCGCAGCGCGAAUUUUUCAGCUCACUCGUGAGCUUGGUCACAAAUCUGACGGUGAAACAAUUGAGUGGUUGCUACAGAAAGCCGAGCAGGCCAUUAUUGCUGCGACGGGAACUGGAACUAUUCCUGCCAUUGCAUCCUCGAUUCAGGGGUCAAUACGAAGCUCCGCGAGCAUGGCAGUGGCAGCGGCUGGGAGAGCUGGAAUGCAUGGUAGUCUGGGCUUGUCUGGGCCGGGUGGUGGACCAACAGCGGAAGAGAUGCAGAGUCGGAUGCAGCAAGAACAGGCCCAGCGGGGCAGGAGUGAGUGGGGGGUGAGUGCAGACGAGCGUGUAAUGGAUGUUAGUCGGCGGAUGAGCCUGGGGCAUGGGGACCCAGGGAUGAGCCACGACCUGAUGGCCGGGUUCCAGCACCAGGACUUGGUUGGGGGACCGUCUGAGGUGGGAGAAGGAAUGGAAUCUUCAGAUAGCAGGAUGCGGAAGAGACCAAGGGGCGGACCCUUGCAGAGCCGGAUGAAAGAGGAUCCGGAUCAGCCGGCUAGGCCUGUGCGAACAACUGCUCGACAAUCCAUGCAACAGCAGGUAGGGCAAGGUCAGCACCAAGGAGGAGGGUCAUCGAGCAUGAUGCCAGCAGCAAUGUGGGCCGUGGCCCCCGUAGGUGCAGGCGUGUCUAGUAGCGGAACUAUGCCGGGGACGAUAUGGAUGUUGCCUAUGAGUGCAUCGCAGGGAGGGGCGACGCAAGGAGUGAUGCCGGGGCAGUCUGAGCAACAAAUCUGGACGUUUCCUGCGGCCUCGGGACAGUACCGAAUGACAGCAGCGGCGGGGACGUCGAUUCAGUUGGGUCCGGGAGGCAGUGGCGGGAGUGGUCAAGGUAAUGCACCCACUUCCAGCAGCAGUGGACAGUCGAUGGUGCCAUUGGCGGCGUCAGUGCUGCCUAGUGGGGUGGCACUGAUGCCGCGGAUCAAUCUUCAGGGAGGUAUGGGACUAGAGCUUCAGGGCAGUCAUAUGGGUCAUCAUAUGCCGCUUGGGUCUAUGUUGUUGCAGCAAGGGGGUCAGCAGAUGCCGGGCACUGGGUUAGGCCUUGGUGGUGGUGGUGGUGAGGGGCACUUAGGGAUGCUGGCCGCAAUGAAUGCUUAUCGCAACUUGACCCCUGAUCAUCAGUCCAUGGGUGGCUCAGGGCACCAACAGGGCGACAGCGGCGACGAUCACACCAGCUCGCAUAGCUGAUUCCUCCACAGGAGGAUGAUGAUGAUGGUGAGGAUGACAAUGAUGAUAACUUUCCUGACUCGUGUGUGGAGUAGCUGCGGAGUUUCUUUCUGAGGCUGCAAGUUUUGCUUCGGGCAAGCAUUCUCCCCUGCGAGAAGUACAAUUAUGAGGACCACGUGGGCAGACAAUCAGAGGCAGUCAUCAGGAGUAACAAUGACAACUUUCUCUUGUCUCUUAGAUUGAGAAUUGUACCAAAUAGACCGUCGGUGCCACACGUGGUUGACGUAUUGAACGAACAAGAAAAAUGAUGGCAGAGAGUAGAUGUGGGGUAUGCAUGAUGCUGCUGUACAAUGGUGCUACAUCUGGAAAUAGAGCGACACUCGAAGUCCUGCGUAUGGAAGUCCCGCCUUUGCUGUGCAAUUAAAGGGAAUGAAAAAACAAUAAGGUGAUGAGGUUGCAGUAGCAACUCGCACUGCUGGGUCGUCUGCCUCUGGUCUGCUCCAGAGUGACCAGGGUUCUGCAUCCAUUACCCCCACUCACACCCCAGGACCCCGUGUUUUUAUUAACCAUAAUUCAUCGGAUCCAAAGGUUCCAAAAGAUAGCCAAACCUUUAUAGCUGAAACAGGUUGUUCUCUUAGUGUCAAGUAGGGGUCAUUCUUUGUCUACGUCACGGCAGCCGUUGGUGCUGUCGGGACUUAAUAAUAUUCUCUCCCCCCGGGGUCAGGGAUUUGCGUACUUGUCCCAUCCAGUAUGAGCCUUUCUUCCUGCUUGGCCCACUGUGUAUUGUGUAGAGUUUGUUUCUUAUAAAACAGUGCGCACCCUUCAGGGACGUUCGCUUGGAUUUUCAAUU